AAACUCGUGAAUCAACAAAAAUGGCCGCCCAAUCACAAUCCACAUCAUCGCCAGAGAGCUAUGCUUUAAAUUUUGACAAUUAUAAUCAGUAUGAUGCCCAACAAAGUUCUCAGAAUACAUCGGGGUAUAAUCCAAACAUUGAAGAAUUUCAAUUCGUGCAGACUCAGACUUCAUCAGAGAAAGUUGCAGUAGAAGGCUCAAUUCAGGAAAAUGAAGUCCAAACCAUGACAAAUCCUUAUGGUGUGAAAAAGCGAUCCGUUGCAUCAAAAUUUCUGGAAAGUCGAGGAUUUGGCUGGUUGACAGAGGAAGAAGAAUUGGAUGAGGAAGAUCAAAAACCUCUAUUGGAGGAGUUAGACAUAGAUCCAAAGGAUAUUUAUUACAAGCUACGAUGUGUGCUGUUUCCUCUGCCACAACUGGGAUUUAAUCGCCAUGUUGUCCGAGAAAGUCCAGAUUUCUGGGGCCCCCUUGUUGUCAUAUUGCUAUAUUCUCUGGUGUCAUUGUAUGGACAGUUCAGGGUGGUGUCCUGGAUUAUCACAAUAUGGAUAUUUGGUUCACUCAUCAUCUUCUUAUUGGCCAGAGUUCUUGGAGGAGAGGUGAGCUAUUCCCAAUGCCUUGGUGUGAUUGGUUACUCAGUGUUACCACUGGUUAUAACAGCAGCCAUAUUGCCACUCUUCAGAAGAUUUCAUUUUGUCAGCCUGUUACUAAAGUUUUUUGGAGUGUUGUGGGCAGCCUACAGUGCGGGAUCUUUGUUAUGUGUUCAGGAGCUCCAGCAGAAGCGCACCCUAUUGCUGUACCCUGUCUUUCUCCUGUACAUUUACUUCCUGUCCCUAUAUACAGGAGCCUGAUUCAGAUCCGUUAAAAACUUUACUCAUAUUCUGCAUCAUGUUAAAAGUACAACUUAUUUCCUUUAAUUAUGAAAUUAACAUUGUUGUAUAUUAUGUAUAUAAAUUUCACAUAGAGCGAGACAUAUUAUUAUAUAUUAUGUGUAUAUAACGUUUCAUUUUCAGUGUAGCAGUGAGUGAAACAUUUAUGUGCGGUAUUUUAGAUCUGUGAUAUUCCAGCUGUUAACUUUUGUAAAGCUGACAAUCUGUAAAAUUGUUAUUUAAAAACCUGUGGUGAACAUAAUAGAAUUAAAUUUUAAAACCUGUA